UGGCUACCAUGGCACUGGGGGCCCAGAGUGCCCUGUGCAUUUAUUUGGCUGAGCCCUGGUGGUAAAAAGAAGGGUCGUAGUCACGUCUCUUCCCCUGUCUCUUUCGGGCUGAAGUUGGUAUCUGGGAGACGACAUCGCUCGUCAUUGACUCCUAUUUCCACGUGCCUUUCCUGUUGCAGAAUGAGAGCCAUGAGGCUGGCAGCAUCUCUCCUGUGCCUGGCGUGUCUGCUGCACGGGGCUCGGUGCCUGAGAAUCGCCGCUUUCAACAUCAGGAGUUUUGGGGAGAACAAGAUGUCCAACGAUACCAUCUCUGACUAUAUUGUGAGGAUCCUGAAUCAGUACGAUAUUGCCCUUGUCCAGGAGGUGAGAGAUAAAUAUCUGGUGGCUGUGGGGAAACUCCUGGAUAAGCUCAAUAGAGAAACAUCCAAUUCCUAUCAUUUUGUGGCCAGCGAGCCUCUAGGGAGGAACUCUUAUAAAGAACGCUACCUCUUUGUAUUCAGACCUGACAAGGUGUCUGUCCUAGACAGCUAUUACUACGACGAUGGCUGUACGCCCUGUGGAAAUGACACCUUCAGCCGGGAGCCUGUCGUGGUCAAAUUCUCCUCCCCAACUACAGUGGUGAAGGAGUUUGUCAUCGUCCCUCUGCACGCAGCCCCGAAAGAUGCUGUCAGCGAGAUCGACGCUCUCUACGACGUCUACUUAGAUGUCCGCCUAAGAUGGAACAUGGAGGACAUCAUGUUCAUGGGAGACUUCAAUGCCGAUUGCUCCUAUGUCACCCCGUCCCAAUGGCCGUCUAUCCGUCUGCGCACCAGCUCUACCUUCCAGUGGCUAAUCCCUGACACUGCAGACACCACUGUGACGCCUACUGACUGUGCGUAUGACAGGAUUGUGGUCUCUGGAAGAAAGCUGCAAAGUGCCAUCGUACCUGGAUCAGCCACCAUCUUUGAUUUCCAGGCAGCAUAUAAUUUGAGUAGUGGAAUUGCUCUAGCCAUCAGUGAUCAUUAUCCUGUGGAGGUGACUCUGAAAUAAGCCUGAUUCUCCAGGAUGGCCACAUCCAUCUGACUUCCUGACUUCAUCUACUUCCCGAACUUCCUCUCUACUAAGGCCCACCUGUAACAAAGAUCACGGCCAGUCACCAGAACCGAAAAGGGUGGCUGAUGCCUUACUUUUUGCCUUUGUUCCCUUCAGGUGGGCUCCUCAAUGUCAACUUGUAAAUUAUUAUAACAUUUAGAUGUGGACAAGCUGGUCAGGGGAUUUGCUUAACUGAAGACAUAAGGCAGCAGUAUCCUCCCUGAUCUAAUCAAAAAACAAUCGCUACUACUUUCAAUGGGCCUGAAAGAAACAACUAAGUUGAUUAGGUUUUAAAACUGAAAACACCAAUUUCUGAACUGUUACAGAAUCAAAACACAAGUAAUUAAGAGGAAUUUAGGAAAGCCUCUGAAGACAUCAGAGGAAUAAUGCUAUAUGGUCACAUCAACAUCAAAGAGCCUGGUCCUGGGCACGUCCUUCUAAGUGGAUGACUCCCCUUAUUAGAAUGUAAGCUCUGUAAGGGCAGAGACUGUCUUUGCAUGCGUCCUUAGCAGAGUGCUUGACAUAUGAUAAGUGCUUAAGUAUUUUUUCAUUCACUUGUUAUUUAUAACUCAUUAGCACAUAUUGAAGUGGUGUAGACCACAUACCCAGUGGAUUCUUGUUGAUGUUCCAAGUGUUCACCAUCAUGUACCCACUCUAUUUUCAUCUCUAUAAAUGACUGUCAUGGUCCUCAUCUUAUUACAUUUUGAUCAUCUGUCAGCUCACAUGCACUUGUGUAUAAAUCUCAAUGUAAUAUAGUUUAAAUGAUUAUUCAAUCAUAUAAUAAAACUGUUCGCUCAGAAAA